AAUGCAAUUCGGCCCUUUCUAACUUGAUGACGGUAAAUCUAUGCGCGGGUAACCUUGUGUUAUUUGACAAGAGGUUUCCCUUCAAACUCGUUUUAAUGGUGUGUUUAAAUGUUAACAUUAUUCCACAGUCAUGAGUAAAUACAUUUUACCUGUCUCUGUCGUCGGAACUGUGUUCGGUUGUGCUGUUUUACUAAAGAACCACGUGACGGGAGGCCGGUGUCCCAGUAAGGCAGUAAUUACUGGAAAGACUGUGGUAAUAACAGGAGCAAAUACAGGCAUCGGCAAAGAGACGGCUAAAGAACUCGCCAAGAGAGGGGGGCGGGUCAUUAUGGGAUGCCGUGACAUGAAGAAGUGUGAAGAAGCAGCAAAGGAAAUUCGUGGGAAGACACUGAAUUCUCAGGUUUACUCCUGUCACUUGGACCUGGCCUCCAUGACAUCUAUACGAGAGUUUGCAGAGAAAAUCAACAAAGAGGAGCAGCGGGUGGAUGUGCUGAUAAACAAUGCAGGAGUCAUGAGGUGUCCAGCAUGGAAGACUGAGGACGGCUUUGACAUGCAGUUUGGAGUCAAUCACUUAGGCCAUUUCUUGUUGACAAACCUUUUGUUGGAUAAGCUGAAAGAGUCCGCUCCCAGCAGAAUCAUCAACCUUUCCUCACUCGCCCACAUUGUUGGAAAGAUGGACUUUGAGGACCUGAACUGGGAGAAGAAGAAGUUUGACACCAAGCAGGCGUAUUGUCAGAGCAAGCUCGCCAACGUUCUCUUCACCAGAGAACUGGCCAAGAGAUUACAAGGCACAGGCGUCACAGUUAAUGCAGUUCACCCAGGAGUUGUGGCUACAGAGCUGGGGAGACACACCGGCCUCCACCAGUCGACGUUCUCCACCUCUGUGCUCAGCCCCCUAUUCUCCAUGUUGGUGAAGAGCCCAGAACUUGGGGCCCAGCCCAGUGUUUAUCUGGCUGUGUCUGAGGAGUUGGAGGGUGUGACUGGACACUACUAUGAUGUAAUGACAGAAAAGGAACCAGCUCCCCAGGCCUUGGAUGAUGAAGUAGCCCGCAAGCUGUGGGAGUUGAGCAGCAGCCUGGUGGGUCUGGAGAAGAAGACAGGAGAACAGACUGACGGGUCAAAGACUACAGCAGGAGUGAAAGGCAGAGCUGCACAGACAGAGACAAUGCAAACACAUGGACACAGUCCAGGAGCAGCUGUAGGUGCUGCGACAGUGUAGGUUUCAGAUGCCCUCUGGAGCAGCAGAGGGUACUGGGGGUUGCUGACCUAAGCUGUACCAGGUUGACUGUAACAGUUAAAGAAGUGGUAAGCACGAUGUCUGGACAGAUAGUGACUGUGGAGCUUCAUCUCCAAGUCUCUUACUACUGGAUGAACUAGGGCAAACACAUCAGGUUGUAAGGUGACACUCCACUGCUGUUGGGGUUUCUUUGCACCAGAGGUAGGUGUAACUGAUCCUGGAAUAGUAACAGAAAAUGGGAGCAUGGUUCCUCCACAUGCUGCACUCUGAUUGGUUACUUUUGUACCAUUCAAAUGACAAACAUCAAAGAUAUCUGAUAUGCGUGUGGAGUUUGGAACAUGUACGUUUGAAUGUGUACAAACUUAAAAAAUCAGCUUAAUCAGCUCACAGUCAUUGAACUAUGAUUGUAAAUACUGUAAACAUGUACUAUGCUAGUACCGGCAGUAUAUGCUAAUUUAAAUUUUGAGACGUUAAAACUUCCCCUCUGAUGUUUGCAGCCCCCUGUCUCACAAUUUAAAACACUGUAACAACACUCUUAGAAAACUGAUUGAGUUUUUCAUUAUGCCUUUUAUUGUACGUGGGACAAAUCGUCAAUAUUACAGCACCAAAGCGGGAUCUUUCGUUUUUCCUGUGUGACGCUUGGGAAAGAAACUGAACGUUUCAUAUCACAAUGAAUAAACGGUAGAAAAGGCAAAACGGCAAUGAGACAACAUGUCAAGGGAAAUUAAAACUCCCCACUAUAAAACAUGAAUAGUUAAAAGUAACCUUCCAGCUGUUUUGGGUGAUUCACACAACCAGAGACAAUCUCAUGACAGCCCUAUUUUCUUUCUGUGGCAGAAAAAAAUAUGAUCAUGGGUCAUGAUAAGGCCAGGGGAGGUAUUUCAUGGUUACAUAUGACUGCUAACAAGACGAAUGGCCUUUAAUGAACAAAGACGAAAAUACAGAAGGUCACUAAAGGUUUCCAAGGGAAAUGUCUGCAUGAACGCUUACAGUGACAAACGAGGGUAAUCUCAAACAUCAACUCUGCAAUAAACACAUUUAUUUUCUAACAGCACCAAAUAAAAGGAAAGUAUCUAGAGGAACUGCCAUAGUCCAGGUUACAGAUAUGAUACAUUAUUCCUACAAAUUCAGGCAAAAUAUAGAGUUUUUCUUAGAUACUGCUAUAAAGCUACACAUAAAAUAAUGGAAUAAACAGUAUAAAAAAGCAUAAGAGAAAAUGUAUUUUUUAAAUAACUUAUUUUUAAAAAAUCCACAGUCUGUUCUUCACCCACUCACAUUAGAUAUAAUUGAUAGACAGGGAAAAAAUACGCAGUAGGAUACAUUUUUAUUCAGCUUUAUUGAAGUGUAACAUUUCAGUGGCUGAAAACGCUUUAUUGGUUUACGGAGAAACGGACAUGAUGUAAGUGCAGAGACAUCUAAUGGCCAAGCUUUGAAAUACAUGUGUUUGAAAGCCAGAUAAACAUGGUCACUUUCAACGAAGUCGUUUUGGUUGAAAUAUAGUAUAAAAUCACUUUUCUAGAUUUUUUUUAGUCGACUACACAACGAACCCACAGCAGGGGGCGCACUGGAAACAUAUUUGAAAAAACAAAUUGUAUGAGGACGUUAGCAGCCCCAUGAUGUAAUAGAAAAGAGUUGCUCAAAUUGAUUUUAUCCUUCAAAAUGCGUGUAAUGUUGCUGUCUGCUUUGUCUAUUUAGAGAAAAGCAAGAGAGGUACAAAAGGUAGCAGAAGAAGAAGUCAAAAGGGGCAAAGAAGUUAAUGAGAGUGGUGCAGCACAUAUAUAAAGACACCGUCUUUAUAAAUAAAAUAUAAAAUAACCAUUUAGGCAUUUGAUAUUGCAAACUGCAAGCUUGCAUGUUGAAGUAACUUAUUUAAGGUUAAAUUAUUGUUUAAAGCUAUAGCUCUACUGUGCACCUAUUAUUGUCUUAUUUACUUCUGCUUCCUGGAAAAACAAAUCAAGUUUCCAAAACACCCGUCUUACAUUUCUGAAGCUCUUGUGUGCAAUGCUGCCAUUCCUGCAGCCUCUAAGUGCAGAGAAAAAUAUCUCUCCCAGAAGUAUUUCAGAGAUCCAUUGCAUAAGGUUUUUUUCCAUCAGUAAACCCCAGAGUCCAGAUCAAUAUGGGUCAUUCUGCUGUACUGUACAACGAUCUGUCUGAAAUGUGAAAUAAUACACCACAGAUCGUUCAUUUCAAGGUUGGUUUACAGAGGAGGGUCCAAGCUACCAUUCUAGAAGAUGACAGGUACUGGGGAUGGGUUA